AUGGCUAAAGUUGUUCAACAAUACAUGAAGAAGGAGAAGAUCCGUGAACUCGACUGGCCUAGUCGGUCUCCUGACCUUAAUCCCAUCGAACAUUUAUGGGAACUAGUUGGAAGAAAAGUAGAAAGGAGGUACCCAACGACAAAAAUUCAAUUGGAAUCAGUUUUGGAGGAGGAAUGGAGAAAUCUCGACAUUAAAGUAGUGAACGAUUUGAUCAUGUAUAUGCCUCGUCGAAUGGCUGCUGUUAUUGCUGCAAAUGGUGGUCCAACAAAGUACUAA